AUGUCUACAUAUGUCAAAGGACAAUGCAGGAUAUCCAUGCUCUGGAACUGGUAUACAAUCGACUCAUGCUUUCUUGCAAGUUCAUGGCAUGUCAAAUCCAAAGGAAUGUUUGCAGGAACCUGUAUUGGUACCUUUUUUUGGAUAGUUGCAUAUAUUUGGUUUCACAGGAUUCUUAUCGAAUACGAUCAAGCGGUUGUUCAAUACAAAUUAGAGAAAUAUAAACAACAACAUACAGAGGAGUGUGUCUGCUGCUGCAACAAAGAAGAUGAAGAAAACUCUGAUUCCAUACCUUCAGAUAACAAGACAGAUGGUAAUGCUAAGGAAACGAUGGCCGUGAAUAUUGAUGAAAGAUCAUUUUUCAAGCCAAUCAUAAACACUUUAAAACAUAAUUGGUUGCUUUCUCAUCCAAAGCGUGACAGCAGUGGGGCAAUCCAGAUUUAUUUAUCACCUGCCGAACAUUUAAUAAGAUCAUUCUUAUAUAUGAUAGAAUGGGCUUGCUCCUUUUUAAUCAUGCUAAUGUGGAUGUAUUACAAUGGCUACAUUAUUAUCGUCUGCAUUCUCGGCUAUUUUGUGGGAGAACUACUUUUCAAUUAUGCACCUAUUGCAAGUAUUGAUAACAAAGAAAUACAUUCUCUCAAAACAAAUGGCAAAAUAUGA